CCUUGACUAGAACACGGAAGUAGGAUUAGAAACGAGUUUGAUUUGGCAAUAAUUUAGUGGAGUAAAAAUAAGACAUACUGACUGAACUAAAUAGGCCACCCAACUCUCAUUCGACUGAAAAUGUCUAAACUACAAUUGUUGCGUUUGUUUUUAAAUGAUCGUUUAACGGCGGCUGCUGUGGAGAUUUUCGGUGCAGUUGAGAAAACGGUGGUGGAGUACCAGGAGGAGAAUGAUCGGCUACGGAGACUGCUGCGGAAUCGAAUCACACCAGAGAUAAAACUAUGUAGAAUAGACUCCCUGCAGUUCUCUGAAGAGGAGGUUCCCCCUGAGCAGCAGCACUGUGAGCAGGAGUGGAGCCCCAGCCUGGGGCAGGAGGACCCAGAGACCACACUGAUUAUAGACGAAGAGGAGGAAGUCAGGACCAGUCAGGAGGAAGAGCAGUUUCAAGGGCUGGAGCCUGAUAUAGAGUUCAUAUUCACUCCUUCCUGUGUGAAAAGUGAAUGUGAUCAGGAGGACCCACUUUGGUCCUUGACUCUUCCCCAAACCCAGACUGUGGAGAACAGAGAGAGUCACUCUAAACCAGUGGAUCUCAAACCUUUUGGCACUGUGACCCACUUAAAGGGUCUCGACAUUCCCUGUGACCUUCCAUAUAAUCGUAACAAUGCCUCCAGCCACAGCUCAGCCGUAAGCAGCGACCUAGUAGGGCUUGACAUCAGACCACCAUUUGAUCCCAACGCACCAAUGGGGGAACCCUGCAUCUGCCCCUUUUGUGGCAAGACCUUCAAACAAAAAGGAAAUCUGUCCAUGCACAUGAAGAUUCACACAGGAGAGAAACCUUUCAACUGUGGUGACUGCGGGAAACGCUUCAAUCGCAAGGAGCACUUAACCAGACAUAUACGCAUUCACAGAGGAGAGAAACCAUUCAGCUGUCAUUUUUGCUGUAAAAGCUUCAAUCAGAAAGGGGACCUAAGGAGACACAUACUGACUCACACAGGGGAGAAACCAUUUAGCUGUGGUGACUGUGGCAAAGGAUUCAUUCGCAAGGAGCAUCUAAUUGCACAUGUACGGACUCACACAGGAGAAGUGUCGGUGUCAAGCAGAAUCUAACCAUGCAGAAACUGGUAAAUAGAUCUCUGAUGGAUUUACUGUCGUUAAAACAUUGUAUGUAAAUAAAGUUUGAUUUGAUUUGAA